AUGAUGGAGACAUGGUUAGAUGAGAAGGGGUGGGAAAAGAUGAAAGAGAAGAUCCCAAGAGAAUACAAAUGGAGAGUGCAGAUAGCGACCAGGAAGUACAAGAAAGGAAGAGCAAGUGGGGACAGGAAGCUAGAAGGGCUGAAAGAUACGACGGAGGAGGGAGAAAGGGGAGUAAGAACUAUAAUAGGUGGGGAUUUCAAUGCGAGAACGGGGGAGGAAAGAGGUUGGGAAGAGGAGGACGAGGAGGGAGUGGAAGGUGGAGGGAGAAGAUCAAAAGACAAGAAAAUAAAUAGGGACGGAAGAAAGUUAUUGGAAUUCAUAGAGGAAAGAGGUUGGAUGAUACUAAAUGGAGGUGUGAAGGGAGAUGAGGAAGGUGAAUUUACGUACACAGGAGGGAGAGGAGAAACAGUUAUAGACUACGUGAUAGGGGAGGAGGAGGUUAGAGAAAGGGUGGAAAGGCUGGAGGUAGGAGAAAGGGUGGACUCAGAUCACCACCCAGUAACACUAUGGAUGAGGGGUAAACUUGAGAAAGAUCAGAAAAAAAGAGAAGGAGGAAGAGUAAAAAGAAGAGGAAUAUGGAGUGAGGAGGGAAGGUCGCAGUUUAAAGAGAGACUAGGAACGAUAGAGGGAGGAGAAGGAGAGGUGCAGGAGGAGAUAGAAGUAGGGAUCUCAAGAAUAAGAAAGGUAAUAGAGGAGAACGAAAAAGAGGGAGGAAGAAGGGAUAAGAAAAACGGAAGAGGAUGGUGGGAUGAAGAAUGUAAGGAGAAGAAAAGAGAGGUGAGGAAAGAGCUGAGAAAAUGGAGGAAAGGAAGAGGAGAAGUGGAAAGGUUCAGAGAGGAAAGAAAGGAGUACAGAGAAAUGUGUAAAAGAAAGAAGAACGAGGAGAAGGAAAGGAUGAUAAGAGAAAUAGGGGAAGCAAAAACGGAAGGAAAGGUGUGGGAGUUGAUAGGCAGAGUAAGAAAAAGAAGGAAGAGGAUAAAUGAAGAGAUAAAGAUGGAAGAAUGGAAAGAGUACUUCAUGGAACUAAUGGGUGGGAUGGAGAAUAGGGUAGUGAAAGGAGAAGGGGGAGGGAGCAGACAAAGAGAAGAGGAGAUAGAGUUGGAGGAAGUAAGAAAUGUAAUAAAAAAGUUAAAAGCAGGAAAGGCGAUAGGAAAUGACGGGAUACCGAACGAGGCGUGGAAAUAUGGAGGAGAAGAAAUGGAGAAAUGGAUAUGGGAAAUUUGUAAAAAAGUAUGGAGAGGGGAAGGAUGGCCGAAACAAUGGAAGGAAGGAGAAAUAGUCCCAAUAAUAAAAAAAGGAGAAGGACGAGGGGUGAAGGAUUAUAGAGGAAUAACGAUAAUGUCAUCAAUGUACAAGAUAUACACAGCGAUAUUGGCAGAAGGUUAA